AUGUAUGGCGGUGUUAGCAAGCCGCCCAAACCCGGUGGAUACCGAGACUCUGGCUCAGAUGUCGCAUAUACAUUGACCCGCUCAGGAAUCUCUGUCCUCACGCCGGUAGAGUCUCCAGAUCCGGUGAACCAGGACCAGUGGUGUUUCCCUGAUACCGAGGAGGGCAUUCUUGAUGCCCUGCAGAAGGGUGCGACGCAUCUCUGGGCCAACACAGUGCUUUUCGCAGAGCAUCCUCUACAGGCAUCUUCUAAAUUGGCACCGUUUGAGUCCCGGAUCAGAGUCAUUGGCCAGCCGCCCUUUUGUGUGGAUCGGUACGACGACAAGUCGUUUGUGAAUGAUGAACUGCGACAAUACGGUGGGUUGACUUUACCCAGAUCGUGGACGGUGAAUGAUCCCGGGUCAACGGAAGAUGAUGUUGCUGCUGUGCUGCGAACUUUGGACAGUGUCCUCUCCUCGAUCAAGGAAAAUGAUUACCCGAUUGUUGCGAAGCCUGUUCGUGGACGAGGUAGCCAUGGCGUUAAGAUUUGCCGCAAUCCACUCGAGCUGGCAGAUCAUGUCGCUCAGUUAUUCGAUGAGUCGCCCAGUGUCUUGUUGGAAGAAUAUCUCAGUGGAGAGGAAGGUACCAUCACGGUCAUGCCUCCUUCUAAACAGUCGGCACUUGGACCAGAAUGGUCGGAUCGCUAUGCGAGCCACUGGGCUCUGCCACCCGUUACCCGCUUCAACCAUGUUGAUGGUAUCGCUCCGUACAGCGGGAAAGUGGCCGUCACCGUCAAUUCGCGUGCCGUGACCGCCGCGGAAAUGGAAGCAGACCCCGCAUAUUCAGCGAUCAUGAAGGAAUGUGAAAAGGUUGGGGAAUUGUUGCAGACGGCAGCACCGUUGAGAAUUGAUAUUCGGCGAUUUGCCCCGAAAUCGAAGUUUGCGCUGUUCGACAUCAAUAUGAAGCCGGUAGGUUCCCCUGUCGUUCAAAAGUACCUUCGUUUUUCCCAUGCUUACGCAGUACAGAAUAUUACCGGCCCGGGUCGCCCUGGCCGUGAAGACCAAACGAGUCUGAUGGGACUUGCAGCUGAGAGUAUGGGCUGGGACUACCCAAGCUUACUACAGUAUAUGCUUGGGUCGGCGCAGAGUCUGUGCCAACUUCGCAAUUACGAAAGUCACUUCGCUUGGUCGACCGGCUGUGUAACUGGCAGUGGACCCUGA